UUGUCAACUUGUAACCAGGCCUUGAUUAGAAUCAAGAUGGCGGUGCAAAGAAAGUUCGUCGAUAAAGGAUUGUUAAAAAAUGUCAUUCGUCAUACAGAUGCCUCCAACAAGGUAAGUGUAUACUUUUGUCACAUAUUUAUAGAGUUUCUUUUCGUCUUGAAUAUUGUGUUAAGAAAGCUGUUAUGUCCAUCUCUUGAGAGCACAAAAACAGACAGCCGGCUCUCGUGCCCCUUCUUCCACACUCAACCAAAGGGACAACCAAACACAAGUUUGUGUUCGCAGGCUACUUAGCUUGGGAUAGUUUAUUGAAGCUUUGGUUAACAGCUCUAGAGUUAAAUUGGAUGAAACUUCACAAAUGAAUUCAACUAAUUAAUAGAGCUACGCUUAAAUGUAAUAAUCCAUGAAAAUCAUUCAAUAAAAUCCGUAUUGCACAUCUUUGCGCUCUGUAGUCUGUUCGUUUUGUCAAAGGAAACGUGAUAUAUUGUCAGAUUCAAACUGUAUUUUCUCGCCGGCUAAAGCAAAUCUUUCCCUGUAAGAUCUACUUUCUAAUAGAAAAGAAAUUAACCGUAAAUUUAUUCAUUAAAUUCAUGCGUGCACGUCUCCAAUCACUAAUAAAUCUUUUAUUCAAAGAUCCAAGAGGAGAGUGAAAUGUGGAGACAGCAUGAGUUAAUGAAUACACGAAGAAAUGAAACAAGUUGGUCAUCGUCAAAGGACACAAAAAGGUAACAUAAUUAUUCUUAUGUGCCCAGAAUAGACCUUGUCGUGGUUUUGGAAGCCAUCUUGAUGAGUAGGGAACUGCUUGAGAAAUUACAGUGUUUGUAUGAGAAUCUAAUGUUGAAAAACUUCCGUAAAAACGGGUGUUCUGAAAAAAAUAAUUAUGAAUUGUAUACUAAAGCUACACAGCAAUGGAUUUUACCAACAAAUUUUGGUGGCAAUAAUUGCGCUUAAAUUUCUCCAGAUGCUUGUUUUAGAUUUUCCAUAUAUUUUUUCUGCAAUUUUUAUUGUUCCUGAGAUAUUUUAGUUGGCAGGAAGAAAAAUGUUUACAGACAAAUGUAUAGAACAUUUGAAAAAGUGGUUCGAGCACAUGCAACUGCAUGUAACACCCUCAAACUUUUUCAUUAGAAUCGUUAGAAGUGAAGCUUUGGUUAACCAGGGCUGUCAAAAAGUUUUAAGCAGUAGCUUGAUAAUGAAUACCUGUAGUAGGCGGCUUUAGAACUCGCACCAAAGGCACAAGUUCUUAAGGGCUGGAACAUCUAGGGACAUUUUGAAAUUUAGAGUCUCGGAAAUUGUGUUUCCAGGGGUUUUCAAGAGGUAUUUUCCACCGCCAAUGCCAUGUUGUUUCGUCGGAAUACAUACAAGACUGUGAACAAUGCUGUUGAAAUGUCCUAGGCAUUCCACGACAUCGCACGGUUCGAACGUUUCACAGAUCUAAACUUGUCUAAAUAUGCGUUCAAUGUCAUUCAAACCUGGGAAAUGCAUGCUUUACAAUUUUAUUCGAUGGUGCUUAUUUUUUUGUUAGCAGUUAUAGCUCAGUUAUGGUAGAAGGAGAUGAAAGUAGCCUGAUAAGGAUUGCGAACUAGCCGGCAGUUUUGGCCAGCUACCAUCCCUUAUUGGUUAUUCAUAUCUUUUUCAGAACAGCCAUUUUACGGAAAUUAUUCCACAAUUUCUGACUUGGUCACCUACUCGUCAAGUUGGCUUUAAAACUGUGGCAAGGUCUAUGCAGAACUAGAAAAAAGCAGGCUAGAACUCCAGAUUAACUCAAACUCAGAAACAGCCAGCAUUAUUCCAGGUUCUGUUUCACGGGAACGGUGGAACCCAGUUAGUUCAGACACCAAGGGAGAAUGCCAUAGUGUCCAUAGUAUCCGGGUGUCUGUAUUAAGCGGGCUCUCAGGAAAAAUGCCAUGGACACGUGUUUUAACAACAAUAACACAGACUUUUUUGCAAGACAAUGUUGAUGAAUAACUGCAACUUAUUAUGGUUUAUCCAAAAGAAAGCCGAUGAUCAUUAAAUUUUGUCAUAGUCUUGGACUAAAUUAACCUUUAGUUUUUAAACAAAGUGUUGUUCUUGAUAAAUGGUAAUAGAAUCCGUGACUUUUUCCUGAUGCUUUUAGUUUGGGACUCAGCUGGGUGGAUUGAAUACUAGACAGAACUGCUUUGAAAGGUCAUUCUCCCCAUUUCUGUAAAGUUUUUACUUGUAAGGGGUUGAAAAUAUAUGGGAAUUCGGAUGACUGUUGCGCAUAUCAAGUGGGUUUAUUGUAAAGAAAAUAUAUUAGCUUUGUGUGGUGACAACAACCCUGCAAGUUAAACUUUUCCUUUGGUGGCCAUUUGGCGAGCAACUCUUUAGGUUUAGUUGCUAAAGGAUUUUUUUAGGCGCCAAAAUAUAUAUCAAUAAUUGAGUUUUAAUAAUUGGUUAAUAAUUAAUUUGGGCUUAAGAAUGGUAUUGUUGAACCAAAACAAUGUCUCUAAACAGUAUUUACCGUAUUCACAAGUGUAUACAGUAACUUAUUAUCCGUGCCGAGUAACAUCCAUGUCGUUUCUUCAAGUAUCAGUUUUCUCUGGUCACCAACUUGGCGACUAUUUUCUGAAUCAAGUUGCCAGUACCAAAAUGUUAGUCACCAUGGCGCCAAAGUGGUCGCAGCUUGGAGGGUUGGAAAAAACAAAACUGGCCUUAGGUGUCUAUAUUAAGCGUGUGUCUGUACAGUGGGAUUCCACUAUAACUUAAAAGUCUGCUCUUUCCAAAUUUUUCCAAGGCUUGUAGGACGAAUGAGAUGCGACAGUGAAGUUCAAGAGCCUAAAAGUAGUUUUUGGACGCAGCAAUUGUUUAACUUUGAAGCAGCAGACUCUGGCAGGUUUGUAUUUUCUUUCUCAUCUAACUUUGUUUGAUAAACUAAAUUGUAGAGACUUACAGUACAGUUACAGAUGUGUCUCACCAAUCCAGUACAGUUGACACAUGAAAGCAGUUUUAUUUAUGCAUUGCGUCUUUUGUUUCUGAUCUUUUUCAUUGCACUGUCAGAGUACAACAUGUAUUAGCUGAAAGAUGGAACAAUGGUGUCAACUUAAUUUUACUUUAAAAAAUCUUAUAAGCUGGUGAUUGAAAACUUGUCACUGCGCUCUACUCGAUAAAGUCACUUCCUGAUUGAACAACUGUUUUUGUGGAUAUAUAUCUUGCUGGAAUUUUGAAUACCUAGCAAAAUGUGCGGCCAUUUGUGUGGAAAGGGCUAAAAGGCUGGUUUUUGCAUGCAGUAAACUCGAGAAUCACGCUUUAAUAUGUAGGAAAAGGAAAGGAAAAAUAGCAUGAGCUAGAAGAAGGGAAGGAGGGUAAUCAAUCAAUAAUUACACUCAAAGUUUUUGCAUUGGCUACUUUGGGGAUAGAUGGGGUAGUUUUUGGCCAAAAAAAACCUGCUCAAAGAAACAGGUGUAUUUGGUAGAACUUGUUUGGCAACAUUGCUACAAAAUGAUUUUAAAAUGUAUGUUGUGCGUUUUACCACCCAUGUCGCGUUCAAACCUGUUUUGCAGCAAACCAGGUUGUUGCAAGUUGCGUGAAUACUGCCUUCUGAUUGGAUAAAAUUAUGCGAAAGUCACGCCAUUCUCCGGAUUUACGUCACUUGCUGCAAAACAAGUUUGCCUUGGGCCGGUAAAACAUUUUGUUGCAAAAGUUAGAACUUCUCUCUUCUUUCUGGAAAAACCUUUCUCAACCUGCAAUAAUCCAAUUUGUUGCAAGGCAGGUCUGAGUGGGAAAGCGCGUGACAUCGCUACUCACCUCGUUUUGAAGCAAUGUCGCAAAACAAGUUGCGCGUUUUUUGUUGUCCGUUUAGACAGCUAGUUAUACAAGUCCGUGAGAGAUAGUAAACUCACGAGACAAUCAUCUUUAAAAGUUAGGCACAGAAUAAUUCUGAACAAUAAAGAACUGAUGGAAAAAUAUAUGUCUCCUUGAAGACUCCAUUUAACACACUUUUAUACAUAAUUUGUCAAGAAUCAACUACUUUCUUUUGAAAAACGUUCAGUUCUUUCAAACAGGACAAUUUUAUUUAGCACAUUUGGAAGCUCCUCCUCAUUACAAUAUUGUCAAAUUCUCUGAAAUUCAGACUUAGCUUAUUGGCUUUAUUGCAAAAGAAAUAAUGUGACUGUGUACUCGUAAACAGCCAAAUCUACGCCCCGCCGUGCAAGUCUUAUGCGCGAUAUCGAAAUGGCCAAUGUAAAAACGGGUAUUUCAAGUCGCAUUAUUUCCUGAAUGUUCAUUAAUUAUCAGAUGGGGUCACAGUGGAUACCGAGAGCUCUACCCAGAGGAGUUUGAGGAAAAAAGAAGUGACGAAACUCAGAAAUCCAAGAAAAAGAAAUCGAAAAAAGAUAAAAGGUAGGUUAAACUUGACUCUGUUUCCGAUCUGUAACAAACAGCACGCAGUAGGCCAGUCUCGAAUUAUAAGAGUUCAUGCUUGACCCCGCGGCUGAGGGGUAUAAAGCAAAAAAAUCGCCUUUGUAAGGUCCUGAUUAGAGAUCUUUAGAUACUAAGACGGGUACGAUUACGAUUACGAGAUUUUCUCACUACUAAGUAGUGCUCGCGCGAGAACCAACGUUAUUUUGGCGGUAAAAAGUGGUAUCCAUCGUCAUUCUACAACGAGUUUUAGCGUGAGAUGUCGCCGGAAGUGACGAAAACAAGAUAUCAAAUGUUAGAAGUUUUAUCAUUUUGCGAUCGGGAGAGAGCGUAACCUCCUGCACUAAAGAUAACAGUGCUAACUUUUCUGGUGAAAAAUGGUAAAAUGAAGCUUUCCGGGAAGUCUAUAUUUUGAGAAUACGCGAAAAAUCUUUAAGUCAAUUCUCGUACUCCAUAGUCUUCCUCGUCCUCGAAUCUAAUAACAACUAGUACCGUGUAAAACAUAGUUAGUAGAGGGGAACUGCUAAGGGAAAGUCGUUUGAAUGGUAACAACAAAUAUUCCUUUUAAUAUUCCGUUAUUUACCCUCGGCAGUAUUUAUAGCACUUAUGCUAGUGGUGCCGAGCAAAUGACUGAAACAAAUAAUUCAAAUAUAAUCGAAUAUAACAGGGUUAAGAAUACCAACUGGCCGGAGACAAACCAGCUGGCCAUUUACAAGCGUGACCGAGGAUUUGAACUCGGGACUACCAAGAACAAAUCCAGCUAGCGGUCAGGCCGGGACUUGAACUUGGAGCCUUCGAAUUGCAAGUCCAGCGGUCUAACCACUCGGCCACGCUGCCUCCUACGAUUUGAUCCGUAAGUUAGGAUCACCUUAUAAGAGCUCUGUCGUUCACUCCGGAGUUGAAAGGGUUGACGCAAGUUUCGGAUCAAUUUAGACUGCCCACCUACCCCUCCCCUUAGCCAACAUCUCGUCCUAAGUGAGAUGUAAGUGUUAAUAUUAGCUAAGGGGAGGGGUAGGUGGGCAGUUUCCCAGAAACCUAGAUUAAUCCCAAGUUUCGCCCCAUGUCAGGGAAUCCGAUAAAUUUUUGCUCGUGGAAUCCGGAAUCUUGGGAUUUGUAAUUCGGAAUACAGCUCAAGGAAUCCGGGAUUCAACGAGCGAUUGGACCCCGGAAUCCAAGUUUCACUGACAAAGUCGGCAAUCCAGUACCUGGAAUCCGGAAUCCACGGGCUGGAAUCCAGAAUAGAAGACUGCCUUGGAUUUCCUUAAUUGGGGCGACAAGUUACUUAAAGGAGCUGUGUCACGAAAUUCAGCCAAAUUAGGAAAUUACAAAAUGCCCGCUAAAUUAAGAGAAGCAUAAAAAUAACCGCUUAAGACUUUAAAGGAAGGUUAAAGUAACAUAACAGAAACAACAGAUGCCACGGAUGGGCAAAACUGAAGAAGAUUCAAACGGAUUGAAAUUAGGGUUUUUGAAAAGUGUUCAGCCUAACAGUUUUUCAAAGUUGAUCCCUGCUGCUUGCAACUUGAAACAUAAUGCUCAGGAGACAUAUUUGUUAGCCUCGGAAAUUGUCAUUUACAUGUAAUUUCUUUGCUUACUUUAAGUUCCAUAGCGAUUGAGGGCAAGUAAUUGGCAAAAUUAAACAAAAUGAACUGGACUGCCGUGACACAGCCCCUUUAAACGGUCCGGCAACACAAAGAUACGCCUCUUUUCUUUGCAGAUCAGGAUCUAAUCGACACAGUGCAAGUAAAGAAAAGGGAAAGAAAGUGAAAGGCAAACGGAAUAAAACUGAGUCCAGCCCCGAGAUUUCUUGCGGAGAAAGUGGAGAAGGGUAUAAACGGAAAAGAAAGCGAAAAACUAGGAGAAGCCCCAGCGAAGAACGUGGUCUAUCGAACGAGAGGUUACGGAAGAAAGUAACAAGAAAGAAGACGGAGGAAAUUUCUGAUUCCGAGGCUAGAAAAACUGACGAAGAGAGCAGAGAAAGUUUUGACUCUGGGAUUAAAAGGAAAGGCAGUAAAAAAUAUCGAAUAUCAAGUAGAAGGCGUAGAAAAGGUGAAGAGCGAAUAAGGAAGAAAAAGGCUAGAGUAUUAAGCUCUGACGAAGAAAGUAGUGAGAAUUCUGAACGCAGGUCAAUAAUAAAACGAAAGAGAGGAGGAAGGCACAGUUCUGAAGAAAGCAGUUUAUCAAGUGAGUUAGAAGAGAAUGGAGGAAAAAGAAGGAGAAGAGAACAUAGGGAAGACUUCAAGGAUAAAGGCUUUGAUGAAGAAAACGAGCGUGUUGAAGAUGAAGAAAAACGACAGGGAAGUAACGGAAGUGACGGUGAAGAACGUGGCUCAAAAAAUAAGGAAAACAGCAGUAGUACACGAAAUGAAAGAGGGGAAUUUGGAGCUCAGAGUUCUGACGAUGAAAGCGAGAGUUAUGAACACCACAAAAGAAAGCGAGAGGAUGGUCACAGAAGAAAUAGGGAAAGGCAACGUGUUUCUAAAAGGAAAGAAAACGAAGAUAGGACAAACCGAAGAGAAAGAAAGAAAUGUAUAACUCGAAGUUCCGAUGACGAAAGCGAAGAGAAUUUUAAUGGAGACAUAAGGCAACGAAAGGGAGGUCGCGGAAGAUAUGACAAAGAACAGCAUUUGUCAAAAAGGAAAGAAAAUGAGAGCACGGGACGAAAAGAUAGAGAGGAAUUUAGACAUCAAAGAUCGGACGAAGAGAACGCUCAGGGUCAUGAUGCUGGAAGAAAGCGCAGUCUUGCCAAAAGAAUAGCUAGCGACUCGGAUGAAAAACAUUCAUCAGAUGGAAGGGAAGGAGAGUACAAAAGGAAGGACAGUUUUUUAUCAGAAGGGCAGAAGAUCGAAGUGCCCUCAAGCAGGGACAGAAAAAAGCGAAAUGAAAGAGAGCAAAGCAGAGGAAGUUCACGAAAACGAAAAAGAGAAAAACAUCGCCUGGAAAGUAUUGAUACCGAUAGUGAAGGCGAAGACUUACAAUCACAAAGAAGGGAAAAAUAUCGAAGGAAGAAAGAGAAUUGA